AUGGCUGACCGGAACGCCAGCCUCGCCUCCGAAGGCGCACGAAAACGGAGCGUCGCCGAGGAGCCCGUCACAUCAGUCCUGAAAGGCGGAGACAUCCCCAUCAACGACUCGGGCGUUGAAUGGAACCCCGACGAGGAGGUCCUCGCAGCUCUUGGCUACAAGCCCGAGUUCAGACGAGAGUUCUCGCUGUGGACGACGUUCUGCGUGAGCUUUGCGGUCUUGGGGCUACUGCCGUCUUUCGCGACGACGUUGUACUAUGGUAUGGGCUAUGCUGGUACGGCUGGCAUGACUUGGGGAUGGGUGGUUGCUAUGGUUGGUAUUCAGUCCGUUGCGGCGUCGAUGGCUGAGCUGUGCUCGUCCAUGCCGACGUCUGGAGGACUUUACUAUGCAGCAGCAGUGCUGGCGCCUCCAGGCUGGGGUCCCUUUGCUGCUUGGAUCACGGGCUGGAGUAACUGGUUCGGUCAAAUCACAGGCGCUCCUUCUGUCAACUACGGCACUGCUGCCAUGAUCCUCGCGGCGGCAUCGAUUCAAAACCCAAGCUAUACUCCAACGAAUUAUCAGACGUUCCUCUUGACUGUGUUUAUCAUGAUCGUCCACGCCUGCAUGGCCUCAGCCCCAACCCGAUGGAUCGCCCGCAUCAACAGCGCCGGCAGCACGUUCAACAUCAUAGCGCUCGUCGUCGUCAUCAUUCUCAUCCCGGCUGGCACGAACCGCGAAUCUCAAGGCCUACCAAAGUUUUCGCCGUCGAGUGAGGUCUGGGGGACGAUAUACAAGGGGACGGACUACCCUGACGGCGUUGCCGUCCUCAUGUCGUUCAUCGGCGUGAUUUGGACGAUGAGUGGCUAUGAUAGUCCGUUUCAUUUGGCUGAGGAGUGCAGCAAUGCGAACAUUGCCGCACCACGCGCAAUCUUUCUCACAAGCGCUGUCGGCGGGACGUUUGGAUGGUUCUUGCAACUGGUCGUUGCAUAUACCGUGGUCGAUAUCGGAUCGUGUCUAGACUCAGACCUUGGCCAGCCGUUCGCAGCAUACCUCAUUCAAGUCCUCCCCGAAAAGGCCGUCCUCGCCGUCCUCUCCCUCACAAUUAUUGCGGGCUUUGCAAUGGGACAAGGCUGCAUGAUCGCCGCCUCGCGAGUCACAUUCGCCUACGCCCGCGACGACUGCUUCCCCCUCUCGAACCUCUGGAAGCGCGUGAACAAACACACGCAAACGCCCGUCAACGCCGUCUGGAUCAACUGCGCCAUCGGCUGCUGUCUCCUCCUGCUCAUCUUCGGCGGAUCCGUCACCAUCGGCGCGAUCUUCAGCAUUGGAGCCUGCGCGGCGUUCGUGGCGUUCACGACGCCGAUCUUCAUUCGCGUCUUCUUCGUGGGCAAUCGGUUUCGUCCCGGCCCGUGGAAUUUGGGAAAGUUCUCGAUGCCUAUUGGGACGAUUGCUAGUGCUUUUGUGGCGCUGAUGGUUCCUAUUCUUUGCUUGCCGAGUACGACGGGGAAGGACUUGACUGCGGAUGGCAUGAAUUGGACGGCGGUGGUGUAUGGCGGCCCAAUGCUUGCGGUUGUUGUUUGGUGGUUUGUUUCUGCGAGGAAGUGGUUCAAGGGACCGCGGGUCAAUCUGGAGCACGUCAUGCAUGGCCAUGAAGGCCAGGUUGAGCAGAUUCGAGGGAGUGAUUCGGAUGUGAUCGAAGGGCUGUCACCAACGAGUGACGGGGAUGGCGGGGCCAUGGAAUCGCUGAACAAGCUGGAAAAGGAGAACAUGUCGAAUGUCAAGGAGACUGGGUUGUAA